AUGAUUCUACAAAAAAGACUAAAACAGGUAAUAGCCAUAGGAGCCACUGCUCUAGCUUGUUUGCAAGAAGCCAUUUGUGUGCCCGAGGACAAGACUAUACUUCUGUACGAUUUGAAGACUUGCUGGAACAGCAGAAUGACCGCUAUAGAAGAACAAAUUAAUAUUCGCAAAGAUUUUUUCAGAAAGGCCGAGCUUAUCAAGGCUAAUAACAUGCCAGACUACGAUAGCGCCAAGGAUCUAGACCUAAUACAGGAGCUUAUACAAGAACUAGACAGAGACCUACUGUCUCUUAAGAAAAGCUGGGAUAAGAUGGAGAAUUUAGUGGGAGCAUUGAAUAGAGCAAAUGCAUACAACAUAGCAGAAGAAUUUAGGCUUGUUCUGAGAGAUAACGAUCCUUACGACCUUUUGAUGGGAAGCAUACCGCAUGAGGACCUGCCAAACAGUACUUUUAGUUUUAACGAGAUUACCUACAGCGAGGUAAAAUCAACAAACUCUUUUGACAGAAAGUAUGCUAUUGACAAAUUGGUUCGCAGAAAAAUUAACGACUUACGAAAACUCUUGCUGGAGAUGAAUGAUAGCAGCACUGCACUCAUUGGAAACAUCCACUACUUCAAUUCGCAAAUGCUAAUAUUCAUAGAGCGGUAUAGCGCAAAGAAGUACAAAGGCAUCAAAUUAGAAGAGCUGGCAAUGUUUAAGCUCGCAAAACUUGGCAAUAUAUUCCCUGCCAACAUUAUAUUCACGUUCUUUGAAGAAGAGCCGCUGAGAGUCGAUGCCAAUGAUGAGCUGGCUAACAAAGAGAGGCUGGAGAGCAUCGUUAAGUAUUUAAGAAGUUUUGUUCCCAACAAUGACAAAAUCUUCUACAACUAUAUAAACACUAUAAUGAAUGAUAAUUGCAUCGAAAAAAACAGAUUAAAUCAGCUGAUACUCGCUGAUGUUCAUUUUAAAAAUGUGUUCUAUGAGUGUGGGCUUGCUAUGGGCGAAAACAUAAUGGAUAUUUACUAUAUCCUACUACAAAAGGACCUUGUUGGAGCAGAGAUAGACCAGUUCAAAGACAUCACGCAUGUACAGCUUAUAAAGCUAAUCAUGGCCGAAUAUUUAAUGAAUGGACCUCUGCUGAACUACAAAAAGAACCGUUUAUUUUCCAACUUGGAGAAGAUAAUAUUGAGCAAAACAGAAACCGAACAGGAUAAAGUGCUUGAUGUUCUAAGCAUGCUGUGGGAUGACUGGUACUGCGAGCCAAGGAAAAGAAAUCCGUCUCUCAAAGACUUCUACACAGAUAACAUGAUCAACGCUGACUUUUUCAGAGUAGUGCGCGGUGGUUUUGUGCAUUCAAAAUGGGUUUACAUAAUCGAGGCAAAGAAUUUAGAUUUUCCUUCUUUUUUUUCGAGAGACCAGGUAGCAGAAAGGCUGCACGUUGACAUGUCCUACAUGCACCCCAUAUGGUACAUGUGCAAGCGAUACGAGAGCAUUAGCUACCUAAAAGAGCAGGACACCAAAUACGGCAGAAAGCUAUUCAUGUCCAGAGAAAACAAUCUAGUGACGGUCAGGCCGUACAAAAUAAGCAACCGUGACGAUAAUAUAAUCCGGGUAGAGAACAUGAGAGACUUUAUGAACACGUGCUUUUCGUCUAUAUUUGUUGAGUUUGAGACAGCCUGCAGGUUUGAAGAGACAACUGGAUCUGCCAUUAUAUCUGAUUUGUUCUUUGACACUUUUGAUAUCAGGAAUCUGAAGAGACAAAAAUACCUAGGCCCUAAACUCUCAGUAGACGAAAAAGAUAUAGCACUCCAGCCCUUUGUCUGA